ACCCUUGCUCCAUCUAAAGAUUUUCCCCUCUUUUUCUAGUACACCUACGUAUAUUUUAAAUCACAAUGGAGGGCCGCAGCGUUGUCGGUCGGAAUACCGUCCGUCGAACUGCACGGCAUGCCCGGCGGAGGCGGUCAACCGGAGGAAUUGAGAUCAACGGAAGCAAGACGUCCGAGGUGCAAAAGGUGAAUAAGCCCCCAGAGAACAGGACCCUGCAGCAACGGGUCUUUCUCUACAUCCAGCUGAAGGAGUUGACCAAGCUGCCGAAGACGGAACAUCCCCUGGAGCUGCACCUUUACCAUCCGAAGAACACGCUGCAGAAGAUGCAGGAGCGCUACACCACGCAGACCAUCAUAUACCAGCACGAGUUCAAUUUAAAGAAGCCGGUAUUCGCAUUGGGUGUCAUGCAGGACGAUAUCGAGGACAUGAACACGUUCAGCGAUCAGCCGCUGUUGAUUUCCCUCUACCAAAGGAUUCCCAGACGUCGCCGGGGAGGAAGAAAGAAAUCGAAGAAAGUUGGCACAUCGACUUCGCAGGAAGUCAGCCAAUCGAAUACAGGGAUCUCGGAAAAUGGCGAAAAUGUUCCUAGAAAGUCUGAUCCCGACGGCGAUGAAGCGGGGGAGGAGGGCGAGGAUGGUAACUUUUCGGAGGAGCGACUGGAACUGUUGUCCCGCGGACAUUGUGAUCUCUUACAGCUCUUCCAGCGCCGGCGCUUCAUCAGCGACAUAACCAUCUUCCUGUACCCGGAGUACCAAACCUUUUCUCAGGCAAAGGCUCAUGAUAAAAUCACCACUUGCAGCGUUUGGCACAUGUACUCCAUACUGCCCAUCCUGAAAAACUUCAACUUCACCAAUUUGGCCUUUCUGACCCUGGAGUCCCUUUACAACGUUCCAGAGGAACUGCACUCCCUAGCUGCCGACCUGGGCCUAAGUGUCUCCUUUCGUGCGAAAGAGCCGGAGGCAGACGGCCUCUCCUUCAGGGUGAUUCCUUUGUGCACCUACUCGGGAUUUAUAUCGCAGAUCAUUAGCGACCAGAACACUAGCAUCGUGUGGGAGGAUAUCAAGAGGGACCUGCACCCCAAUAUGCACCUUAGCUUCAACCAAAUGGAGACCAACUCGAGGAUAAAGCUGCCCAAGUUGUUUCGCCUGUUGCUCUGGGAGCAGGACGUCGACUUUCAGGUACACAAGAUCGAUCCUGUGACGGACUUGGCCUUGAUCAACAACUCACUGCACCGAUUCGUGCUCAACGAUGACAUGCGAAAGAUCCUUGAGCGGGCCGUGGUUCACAAUGACUACGAGUUGCUGCUGCAACUGUACCAGGAGACACCCAGUAAUGCCCUGUACGAGGGUGUCCUGAAUCCGAGCAUCUUUGGCUAUCCAGGCGUUAACUACUGCCGCUUUGCAAUCCGCUUAAGGCCUGUUUUCGAACCCGAAGUAAAACAGAGCAUACCGAGAGCUACCCUGGAAAUGGGCCCCAUGUUCUGCACCUUCAAAAUUUGCUUCUUCCAGCCAAUUUGCGAGCGCAACGAAGCCCUGGACAAGUACAAUGAGAGCCUCCUCAAAAGGGCGAAGCUGCGACGAUGCUUCGAUAUGGAAUUCAUCAAGGAGGACGAGGACGAUGUCGAUGUGUGUAUGGAGCUGUACCGGGCCUUCGAUGAUCUCAUCUCAGACACAGUCGCCUUCAUAGUAAAAAGGGGUGUGCAGGACAUCGGAGAUAAGAAGGACUUUUUCUGCUGUCACCUGGCUAACCUCUGUAAUCUGGUGUUGAAAAUUUGCGGCUGCGAUUUCAACGUACGCAUGCCAACGAAAACGAACAUUGAGUUCAGAGAAAUGCUAACCCACAUGUAUAAAGAGUUGAUGGAUCGAGUUGAAGGCAUAAUAACUGCCUGCAACUGGAAAAAGAGUUUCGACUGUGCCACGCAGGAUUAUGGGGAGCACGGCCUUACCCGGCUGAUGAAUGAAGUGCGUCUGGCCAGCCAAUCUGGACAGAGGGAAUUGGCCAUUCAUUUGUUCGAGGAAAUCGACCACAGCACCCCGAACCGCAUUUUAUUCGACUUUGUUACCUUGCUCAAUAGCGUCGAAGCCCUGCAGUUCCAACAGGCUGCUAGGUAUUUCACGAAGCCCCGCACCAGCGAUUGGAGUGGACAUUACUUCACAUUGCUUUUGCAGCUCUACAUUAACUACAUGAUGGAUCUAAGAUCCCCAGACGAAGAAGUUCAGGGCACGGCUAAAACGAAUAUGAUCGAGAGCUUGCGACAAUUCGCCUAUAAGAACAGGUUGGAAUCGGAGGUAUGGAUUCUGUUGUACUGCUACUACAGGGAAGCAGACUACUUGCCAGGAAUGGAGUUUACGCGUUGGAAAUUCCAGAAUCUGCUUGAAAUCUCUUCGAAGACUCUGGCCUUUACCCCCACCUCCCUCUAUGAGCUGUACCUGCCAGUCGACUUCGAGUUAAGGAGCUCGUGCACCCCGAUGAAAACGCAGUUCUAUCCAGUGUUUAAGCUGUUCGCUCGUUUGGGAGCCUACGCCUUUGCUGAAAUGGUUUUUUCCGUCAUAGAGCAGUGUUUUUCUGAAGCUGAAGUCUAUCUUAUAAAGACCACUCUGAAGAUACUUCAGCGACAGAUUGAUAGCAAGUUUAGGAUUAUUAAGAUGCCUACGGACAACAGUGCGCCAGGAAAGUUGAAACGCUGUUACCAACUGCACAUCAAUGGCAAUGUGGAAUAUUCCCGAGGACGCCGUGACGAAGCUCUGAAAUAUUUCGAGGAACUGUUUUUAGGGACCGAUCCCAGUGACAGAUCGUUGUUCAAGCUUAGCUUCCUGCGUCUCGGCCAAUUGGCCUUCGAAAGGAGACAAUUCGAGUUGGCCGAAAAGGCCUAUGACAUCUGUUUGCCUUGUAGUCAAAGACGCAAGAACUUUGUAGCAAACUAUGGAAAGGGCCUGGCACUAUACCACCAAAAUCGAUUGGAAGAAGCAAUUCCCUUUCUGUCUCGCUGCACCGAGAUCGACAUCUUUGUUCCCGAUGUCUGGGGAUAUUUGGCCACCAUUAACCUAAGACUGAACCGAAACAAAACGGCCUUGGAAUGCUGGAAAGUCGCUAAAAUGUACCCAGAACUAAGCAUCAGCAAGAACGUGUACGCCGAACUGGAUAAGAUUCAGUACUCAGAUAUCCAUCUGCUUGUAGAUGACGACGGAAACCCAGCAGAAAAGAUGUCGAAAAUGGACUUUCUUCCUUUGUAAUUAAAAACCCCGAAACAACCCAAGAAAAAAUGAUUUCCCCCACCUGUUAAGGUUGUCCUAAGCAAACACCUCCAGAGUCACGGCUUUCAUCAAGCUCUAGCAGCAUUUAUCACCUAAAUUUAGUGCCCUACAUUUGGGUGAAAUUAAGUAUACGCACGCCUAUGUUUACAAGGCAUUUCGGUCCCUCGAUGUCCUUCGCCUGCCUCGUCGAGCCGGCGCUUGUCAAAAUUGUAGCCGCAGAGCGGCAGCACAAACGUGAAUACGCCAACACAAUGCAUUUUUGGCCAAGGGCAAACCGCCACAGCAAUAGCAACAACAAAACCGACAGCAGCAACAACGACAAAACAGAAACAAGUGAGAUACGUAGUUAAACCCUUUUGGCCAACACUCAACCCAUGACAGGUGUUUGCUCUGCAAAACGUUCGAGGGGUAUAAGGAAUUGGGCAAGUA